CGCACAGAAAGUGUCGACGAUUCAUUUUAUACUGAAUAUGAAGAUGUAGUGGGAAAACAUUUAGAAAUAGUUAAAGUAACAAAUAGAUUAUCUGAAUUUUUUCCAGUAUUGAAGUGGUUUCCAAACAAUAGUUUUCAUAAUAAAGUAAUAGAGAAUAGAGAUUGCACUGAAGCUUUUAUCGGGAAAUUAAUUAAGGAGGUUGUGGAUGACAAAGAGAAGAAACCAUGUGUUAUUAGAACUUUACUUUAUAAGAAGGACGAAGGAAUCCUUGAUGAGCUAGACAUUGUUUAUCUAUUAGAUGCGAUGUUUUCUGCUGGAAUUGACUCAGUAGGAGCAAGUUUAACAUGGCUUACUGCUGCUUUAGCUAAUAAUCCUCAAGUUCAGUCUAAAGCUCAUCAAGAACUUGAUCGUGUAAUCGGUCAAUCACGUCUACCAGAUGAUUCUGAUGAACAAAAUAUUCCUUACAUACGUGCUAUAAUUAAAGAAGGGCAAAGAUAUUGUGCACCAAUUUAUCUUGGUGUACCCCAUGGGAUUGAAGAAGAUGACGAAUAUAAUGGAUAUUAUAUUCCGGCAAAUUCUGUGGUAAUUUUAAAUCAAUAUGGGAUUCAUACGGAUGAGAAAAGAUAUGAGAAUCCCAGAGAGUUUAGACCUGAAAGAUUUUUAGGACUUAAUGAAAAUA